AUGGUAAUGUGUAGUGAUGCCUCAAAUCUAGUGGGGGUGGUUACUAUACUAUUAAUAUUGAAAAUGGUCAAACUCGGUAUUAACGGUUUCGGACGUAUUGGUCGUUUGGUGUUUCGCGCCUCAUUAGAUCAUCCACAUGUGGAUGUUGUUGCAAUAAAUGACCCCUUUAUGGAUUCCAACUACAUGUCUUAUUUGCUAAACUAUGAUUCAGUUCAUGGGAAAUUGGGGAAGAAGGUAGAGUUUACUCAGAAUGAAUUGAUUGUCGAUGGCAAGACUGUUAAGCUUUCUUUUGAGCGCGAUCCCUGCAACAUUCCAUGGGCUCAGAAUGGCGCCGAUAUUGUAGUGGAGAGUACAGGCGUUUUCACCAACAAGGAAAAGGCUGGCCAGCAUUUAAAAGGCGGCGCAAAGAUUGUCAUUAUCUCUGCUCCUCCAAGUGAUGACACUCCUAUGUUUGUUAUGGGUGUAAAUCAUGAUACUUACACAAACGACAUUAAGAUUCUUAGCAAUGCCAGUUGUACUACAAAUUGCUUAGCUCCACUUGCCAAGGUUGUUAAUGAUUCCUUUGGUAUUGUGGAAGGGCUGAUGACUACGGUCCAUGCCACAACAUCAAAUCAAUUAACAGUCGAUGGUGCGUCUCGUGGCGGUAAGGAUUGGAGAGCUGGUAGAUGUGCAGGAAAUAACAUUAUCCCGGCCAGCACCGGUGCUGCCAAGGCAGUGGGCAAAGUAAUUCCAGCUCUACAAGGCAAAUUGACUGGAAUGGCAUUCAGAGUCCCAGUCCCUGAUGUCAGUGUUGUCGAUUUGACCUGCAAGCUCGCCAAACCAGCAUCUUACGAUGACAUUGUCAAGAGGAUUAAGGAGGCAGCCGAUGGCCCGCUGAAAGGAAUCCUUUCAUACACUGAGGAUCCAAUUGUUUCAUCCGAUUGCGUUGGUUCCAAACAGUCAUCCAUCUUUGACAUUAAGGCUGGAAUUAGUCUGAAUGAAACUUUUGUCAAAUUGAUUUCAUGGUAUGAUAACGAGUGGGGAUAUUCGAACAGAAUCUGUGACUUAGCAGCUUUUGUCCAAUCUAAACAAUAG